CUGAAAAUUAGUAGUCGCAUAAAAUAUUUUGUACCAUUCAAAACAUGUGUUGAACGAUUUUAAUAUCUAUUUCUUACCGUUGCACUUUAUAUUUUGUUCAACGUACAUGCGAAAGUUUGAUGAACUGUCAUCGUGUGACGGAAUUUUGAAACUACUAUAGAACAUGUCCCAAUACGAGGAUGCUAUUAUAGAAGACAAAGGACAUGAUGACAUUAGUACAGCAGAGUCAGGAAUUCGUCAUAGAAUACCAUGGAGUGAUCGUGUAUCAUUGAGUAGUGAAGUACCAGGCUUACACGAAGUUAAAGAAUUAUUGGAUGAUGAUGAUGCAAGUUGUUUAGCCGAAGAAGAAGAUGGAGUUGGUUGUCCUUUACCAUCAACCCCAGAAGAUGAUCAUCUUUUGGAUUGUGAGAUGACAGAGGUCCUCAAAGCUGGAGUAUUAAGUGAUGAAAUUGACCUUGGUGCAUUGGCACAUAAUGCUGCUGAGCAGGCUGAAGAAUUUGUUCGUAAGGUGUGGGAAGCAUCAUGGAAACAGUGUCACUUCAGAAACCUUCCAAGAUGGUUACAAGAUAAUGAUUUCUUACAUGCUGGUCACAGACCACCUUUACCAUCGUUUUAUGCAUGUUUUAAAAGUAUAUUUCGAAUUCAUACAGAAACUGGAAAUAUUUGGACCCAUUUACUUGGAUGCGUGGCAUUUAUUGGCAUAGCUAUAUUUUUCAUAACUCAGCCUCCUAUAGAGAUACAACUGGAAGAGAAACUGGUAUUUGCUACUUUCUUUGCUGGUGCUAUUAUAUGUCUGGGGAUGUCAUUUGCCUUUCACACAGUACACUGCCACAGCGAAUGCGUUGGGAAGUUGUUUUCAAAAUUAGAUUAUUGUGGAAUAGCUAUGCUAAUCAUGGGUAGUUUUGUACCAUGGCUUUACUAUGGUUUUUACUGUGAUUAUCAACCUAAACUUAUUUACUUGUCUGUGGUUGUUAUACUUGGUGUAACAAGUAUUGUUGUGUCACUAUGGGAACGAUUUGGUGAACCAAGUUACAGACCACUGAGAGCAGGAGUUUUUAUGGGAUUUGGUCUCAGUGGGGUAAUACCAGCUGUUCAUUAUGCUAUAGCAGAGGGCUGGUUUAAAGCAAUUAGUCAAGCAUCUCUUGGGUGGUUAAUAUUAAUGGGAUGUCUAUACAUCUUGGGUGCAAUGUUUUAUGCAUUACGAGUACCUGAACGAUUUUUCCCUGGAAAAUUUGAUAUCUGGUUUCAGAGUCACCAAAUUUUCCAUGUAUUGGUAAUUGCAGCUGCUUUCGUUCAUUACCAUGGAAUAACUGAGAUGGCUAUGUAUAGAAUGACAAUAGGAGACUGUACAAAUCCAUCACAGGUGAUAGCUUUUUAAUUGUUCAAUGAGCAUAUUGAUCGUGUUGUUGGAUUUCAUUUAAUGUAACAUUACAGAGACUUAAAAAAAUUCCUAAAUCUUUGUAUGUCAGUAGAUCUGUACUAUUUGAAGAACUGCUGGAAACAAUAUUAUAAAAAUGAGUGGUGUAAGACUUCUUAUACUUUGUCAUAAUUAAAAGAUUUUGACAUGAAAUUUACAGAGAUUCAAUGA